GAACAGUUCAGUCACCAAAAAGUUUCGCGAUCGCUGAUUGUCCUUAUUACUACAUCGACCAGCAGAAGAUGGGUAAUAUUCUGUGACGUUUAAGAACACGGAUUUAAUAAAGACUUGCCGAGGCCAUAUUGAUUUUUUGAAAUGAAGUGAGAGAGGUGUGGUUAACUUUCCCCCCCGUGGAAAUGUUUUCAUGUGUCCAAUUGUUUUGGCUGCGGUCAGUUUGAGAAAGACCGUGGUUGAAAAAUGUCGGGGUUUAACAGUCUUAAUUAUUUAUUCAAAAGAUAGGCUAUAUUUUGUGGCCUGUUGCAGGCCACAAAACCAGUCGCGUUUCAGGAAUGCAUCGUGUAUAUUCGGAUCGGCGAGGUUAGGAAAUCCCAUGAUCCACAUAAGUUCGACAACUGUUAUACGUUGGCUUCGUGUUGCUCCGAGCUGCCACAGGUAGCAGCGCCUUGUGGUGGGGGGGUUUUGUUAUCGUCGCGGUGUGGCGCGUGGUAGAAGUGUCGUCCGUGGCAGCGACAGCGAAGUUCCUGGACGACCUGGACGCCAGUUCGCGUCCCACGCGCACCGCGUAAAAAGUUUGCGUGGGUGUAACACCGCGUGUAUAAUGAGCAGCUGGACGGAGAGGAUGCAUCGUCGAGCGGCGACGUUGGGAAACGUCGUGACGAGCUGCGGGCACCCAUCCUCGGUCCCGCCGUACCCUAGGCGUCUCGAAAAGUUAGUCUCUUCAACUUCACUCUUGACUGAAAUCCCGUACUUUUUAGUGAAGUUUGGAGUACCACUGGACGAAGUUUGCAAGAAUGAUAUACCCGGUCCUUUAUUGGUUCUGAUUCUCAAAUUAAACAAAGAAGCACCACUUAGAAAAGAUGUUUUUCGUGCGCCGGGACACCAAGGAAACAUGAAGAAGCUUAUACAUUUCUUGCAAACCGGUCGACUGGUGAACAUGGAUAAUUUUAGUGUCUAUACCAUAGCCAGUGUUCUCAAAAAGUUCCUACGUAAAAUUCCUGGCGGAGUAUUUGGCAGAGAGGGUGAACAGCAGCUCUUUACAGUCAUACAGUUGGAUAGCAUCGAGCAACAGAGGGACCAGAUUCACAAAUUAAUCACAUCUCUACCAGUCUACACACAGCGCUUGCUUGUACUAUUGUUUGGAACGUUCAGGGUAGUCGCAGUGAAUAGUGAAAGAGCUCGGACAGGAAUGUCCAGCGAAGCUCUCGGAGUAUCUGUGGCUCCUUCCUUUUUCCAGAGCUGUGUAAGUGAUGGAAAAACAGCAAAAAUGGAAGAUGUGCUCAGGUUCAAGGCGGAGGUCUCAGUUGCAACUCGAAUAAUGAAGUUCAUGAUAGACAAUUUUGGUGUUUCAAAUUUAUUUGGAAGGGAAAACUAUGAGUUUUAUGCUCGUAUCACAGGAAGAAUUUUGAAGGUUGAAGAAGACUGGAUUUUCAGCUUUCGUUAUCCUCCAGAUACGGUAGUUUCUAGGCAGUUAUCGCUGGAAGCAGAAAAGACAUGGCUACAGUAUGAAUGUGAAAGAUGGGGCCUGAAAUUAAAUUUAGAAUCAAUGUCACAUCAAGAAGAAUCGCAAUCCACACCAGCUUUAAUACAUGUACCAGAAUCUUUGGAUCUUACAUCGUCUCUUGGAAUAAUACCCGAAAAUACUUUACUUGAGAGUUACACCCGGCUAUCAGUUAGUCUGGAGGAGAAUGGCUUAUUUCAGGCUUCAAGCAGAUCAUCCAGUAAUGGCAGCCAUCAUUCGCGGCAUGCCGGUAUGACGCUAGACGAGCUCAGAGCUGUCAACCGGUAUGCAGAGAGUACGAAGAGUCUCAGUUACUUACCACAGGUACAUGAAAGGCAGACAGCAAGAAUGAGGACUAGAUCAGAAUGGUUUCUAACACCAGUAGGUGAACGAAUUGCUGCCACAGACAGUGACCCCACAGCUAUGCAUAUCUUGCGCGGAUCAAACAGAUCAUCUUCUGGUAACAUCGCUGCAGGGCUCAGUGUGAGCGCAGAAUCUGUAAAACGACCAAGUCUGCGUAGAACCUCAUCUCGAGAGAAAUCACGCUUACAUCGCAGCUCGUCACGUAGAAAUAAGGAAAAUGGAGCGAAGGUUCGAGCUGCUGAAGCUUCGAAAUCUCGUUCUACGGAAGUCACCAAAUCAAAGAUAGUUAGAGUAUCUCUUGAACAACCAGCUGAGAAAAUGUUGAAAAAUAAUGAAGAAACACUAAACGAUAAAGACGGUACAGUCGCACAAAGAAACGACAGUCCCAUAGGGCCACAAGAUUGCACUGAAAUGGACGUGCAGACGUUUCAUGUUACAUUGACUUAUAAACCAAGAAUAUAGGAAGAUAAUAAAAGAAGUCGAUAUUUAGGCAACUUUAUUUAUAAUUACGAAAAGAAAGUUCAACGUCAGAUUUGUUUCAUGACAUUGACAACUAGCAUUGACUCUGGUUAUCUUGUAACGUUAUUCAACUCAGAACCAGCCUGUGACAAUGUGAUGAAGUAGAUCGGCGUAGCUUUGUUGAAAUCAGCGCUUAACUUCAGUCUCAAAGAAUUGAAGUAUCAUAAUUUAUAAAUAGGUAAUAAAGAGGUAUGAACUGCAAACUCUUGGGACAAACAGGAACAAAUGGCAAAAAACAAAACCAAAAAAAAUGUAUAGAGAACAGGAGCUAAUACGAUAAAUGUAAGAGAUAAUACGUAAGGUUUUGCAUUUAAAAUUAAGCUAUUUCCAGAAAAAAUCGUUUUUACGCAGCUAAAUUGUCCCAAAAUUGAAAUUACCAGUACACCAUUCCACGUGCAUUUAAUAAAUCUUAAUUUAAUCGUUGUACGUUUGCAUAAUUAAAUUAAAUUAUGGUAGCCAAUCGAGUUUGAAUUAACAAAGCUACAAAUUUCUUGGAUCACAAAAUAUUCUCCAUGACUUUCAAAACUAAUGGUCCAGAUACCUAUGUUUCGAAUGAAGUAUUAAUUACGAUUAUUAUUUCGUUUUGCGAUUUCAACUACUUUUUAAUCAAAUUGUCGCUGAUUUAUUUAUUUUUUUUUUUUUCUCAAUUUUUUGUCUUACAUUUGGAAAUAAGUUAGGUACAUCACUCUUAUUUUAUGUUCUGUCGACAUCGGGUGAAAUCGAAAAUCACUUAGCUACUUCAUACAAAAAAUAAAAGUGUUCGUAAAUUAGAAUAUAAAUAUACUGAAUUACGAUGUGUGAGUGUUUCAUUCGGUGUACCUUGUAUGCACACAUACAUAUGCUUCGAGUGUGCAUUCCUUGUAUGCUGAAUAUUGACAACGACGACGCGCGGUUUUACAUGUAUUUGUAAAUUUAGCAAAGGCGUGAAUUUCAAUGUACCUAACUGUGUAACACCAAUAAUUCAGUAGGACGUAAAAGUAUCUGUGUAAAUCAUUACUACCCUGUAACUUAAACGUAACUGUAAACCUAUUAUUAACUUAUUAAUUAACUCACAGUAUAUGGAUAAUGUAACAUACAUAUUUAUAUUAAUGCUAACUUGGUCAAUUCAUGUUUUUAAACUCAAGGAAAGAUCACACGGUACUGGAUCGUCAGCAGUGCACGUCUGUCUCUCUUUAGGUAUUAAUUAUGAAUUGCAAAUUUGAGCAAGCACUUUAAAGCCUGCUGAAGAUAUAUAGGAUUAAAAAAGUCGCUAAUUGUGCAGCCAAUAAUACAAAACUUUAUUUAUAUCUUAGGUCACAUAUUGGUAAUCGUUACGACAAACAUAUCCAUUAAGCGCAAUAGCAGCUUAACAAUUUAUACAAUUGUUGAGUCCAAUUUGAAUGCUACUAUGAAAAAUUUCUUACACACAAUUCCCCCUUGGGAGAAAUAAGAAGAAAUAAAAAAUAUUGUUCCAAUGAUUACGACAGAGUUAUGACAAUGCACAGACUGCAGCUGAAAUUUAAUCAAUGUAGAAAUUGUUAUUAAUUUGUUAUUAAAUUAGCCAUUGAAUUGAUUAAAUUAAUCCUAUAUAAUUAAAUUGAGAGCCUCAUUUGUUACAUGAGCGAGGACUGAACAUUUUCAUCCCCUGUUUGAGUACUGAAACAUUUUCGAAUCUUACUCGUUUAUCAAAUAUCUCAAGUUUGAUUAUUGUGACGAUACGGCUAUUUUAUUUUAAUUCAUACCACUGAUGGCCGUGAUGUAAAAUAACAAAAUGUCACGAAUACCUGUCAGUACAUUUUAAUUGAAUUAGUAGUAUCUUCUGAGUUUUAAAAUGUUUAACUUUUACUGUAAUCAGAACAGUAGUUUUCGUGGCAAGUCCCUAUAUGCGGACAUGCCACAAAUUCUAUUUUCUGUGCUACCUCCUGGGAAAAACGAAAAUAUUGUGUAGUUUUUAUAAGCACAUGAAAACUACAAAGUAGUCGAGUUGUUGACCGAGGUAGCACAGAAAAAUAUUUGUUAUGUUAUGUAUUUAUUUUGUUAUCUUAGAAAAAUCUCACAUGCUAAAAAAUUAGGCAAAUUAGACAAAUUCAUUUUUGGGUACUACAGGUUUAAACUUUUAUAUAAGUAAUUUAUUUCUUGCAUAUCACUAGAACCUAGAACCUUGAAUAAUGUUGUUACCAUCAUUUACACCUAUAUUAUUAAGUUCCCUUCAAUUGUAUACUGAAUGUCGACGUAGCAUGUUUUCAUUAUUAUUUAAAGUAACUAUGCUAGAAGCACAAAAAUUUUUUUGCAUAUCACAACAGUUCGUUUGUAAUAUUUCUAAAGUUGCAUGUAUUUAUAUAGAUUCACUUACCAUCUGUUUCAUCUAAUAACGUUAGAUUCAUCUUUGGAUUUAGACUUUUAAUGAUUUGUUAGGUAUCGUUAAUCGUCUUCCAUAAAUUAUAUGGUAUAUUUUAUAAUUGUAGUUGCAAAUAUAAAGUUUUAUUUGGUUCAGUAAAAAUCAAAGGAUAUCGAUGAUCACGUUUUAGCAGACUGAGGCAAACGUUUCACGUAUUGAGAUUUCAUCGACUAAUCAAGCUUCUAUUAAUAAACGUUGAUAUACUAGUAAAUAUUAACGGAUUGUUUAAUGAUAAUGGGGAGGGGCGAAAAGAAACUGAAGUUCAAUCAGUAUUAAAAUCAUAAUUUUCAUACAUAUUAAAGUAACUCAAAAUAAUUAGUUUCAAGUUAAUAGAUGAAGAAGAUGGUAUGUGAGAUAAAUCGAGGAUGGUAAUCCUUGGUGAAACCAAAUUAUCUUGUAUUAUAUAAUUUGUCCACCAACAAUCACGAAUGACGGCUGAUAAAUUUCGUAGUGAAGUUGUCGGUACAAAUUUUUAAAUCUGUAUGGUAAUAAGAAUUAACGUAUCAAUCUGGUAAAAGGUAAUAAAAAAAUACUGCCGUACCAAUUAUCGAGAAACACUAUGAUCCUGAGCUUUAAAGUUUCUCCUCAGGAUGCAAGACUUGUUCACAGAACGGACCAUUCCCUUAUGUAUUUAGGCAGCAUGAAAACAUUUGCAGUAUUUUAAAUGAUUAAGGAAUCUUUUGUAACACUCAUGUAUAAUAUACAUUAGACUUGUCCUUAAGAAGGGCACAAUCGAAUUUUAAUGGUCUUACCCCCCAAAUUGGUUUGAAAUAAUUAAAAAAAAAAUGACAAUUACGGCAGCGGUAAAAAAACGAUUAAAAAUCCCGAAAAACUAAUGCUUUUCUUAUGGGAAAGAGUAAGGCUUCCUAGGCGUGGGUAAAUAUGGAGGGAAAAUUUUUAAAAAUUCGAUUUUGCCCUUCUUAAGGACAGGUCUAAUAUACAUGAUAGUGAAAGUCAAAAAAAGAAACCAGAAAACAAGCAUUUUUCAUGUU